UUAAAGCAACCGCUAGUCAAAAUGACGUUUUAUCGCCGCUAAAUGAGCACUUCUGACAGAGUCCCACGAUGGUACUUCGGCGGACUUGCCUCGGCAAUGGCGACAUUUUUCACCCACCCGUUGGAUUUAAUCAAAGUGCAUUUGCAAACCCAUGCUGGUAAAAAAAUAUCGAUAAUACACCUCACCACAGACAUUGUGAAAAAAAAUGGCUUUCUAAGUCUCUACAACGGUCUCUCGGCUUCACUGUGCCGCCAGCUCACUUACUCUGUCAUCAGAUUCGGUAUUUACGACACUGCGAAACUCUACAUGGAAAAAGACAGCAGUCUCACGAGCCGUAUUUUUGUGGCGUUUUUUGCAGGAAGUUUCGGCGGUUUUGUGGGGACGCCCCCUGAUAAAGUCAACGUUCGGAUGCAAAACGACGUAAAACUACCCCCGGAAAAAAGAUUCAAUUACAAGCACGCCUUUGACGGCCUUUGGCACGUUUAUCAAAGCGAAGGCUUUGCGAAACUUUUCACAGGGGGUGGAACUGCGUCGUUUCGAGCCGGGGUCAUGGGGGUGGGACAGUUAACUUCAUACGACCAAAUCAAAAGAGUUCUUUUAAGAACGAGCUACUUUGAAGAUGAUUUAGUUACGCAUUUUACGUCCAGUAUGGGUGCUGCCGUGAUUGCCACGACCAUAACUCAGCCUUUAGACGUGAUAAAGACACGAGUAAUGAACGCAAAGCCUGGCGAAUUUAGGAAUAUUUUGGACGUUGUGUUGUUUACGGCAAAGGAGGGGCCCUUGGGCUUUUUCAAGGGUUACGUCCCUGCGUUUUUAAGGAUAGGACCGCACACGAUCAUAACUUUUAUUUUUUAUGAGCGCUUGAGGAUGUAUUUUGGGUACAUUCCGGAACCGAAAGUGAAAUAAAAAAGUACUUUUUCUUCGAUUUAUUACAACAUAAAGAUAUACAUUUUCAACACAAAAUAAAAAUUUGUACUGGAAUAUUAAAAACGUUAAAAACCUUAAGUAUCACGGCAAGAAACUGGGAGUAAAUGCUUAAUUAGGUAAAUGCAUUUGUUUCUAACUUCUACUCGGAUUAAUAAGUACAGGACAUUUAUUGACCAAAGUCACUUUCAUAACGCAAGGGUGCUGCUCCCAAGGCUCACCAUCGAUCUGAACGGGCGAUUUGGACUUAAGUCGUACCUCAACUGUUUUUGCUUGACCUAGUUUUAGUGGAGUGGAAAGACCAACUUGUAGUUGUGCAAUAUGAAAGGAAGAGUAAAUUCCCAAAACUUCCAAAAUACCAUCGUGGUAUGACUGUGCCGGCUUUGUGUUAUUCCCCAAAAGACCUGAAACAACUUUGGGCACAAAACACUAAAUUGAUGCGAUUUUACCCCAUAAAUUGACCCCCGCCCCCCAUGAUGGGAUGUUUAAAAUAACAAUCGACUCCAGUUCGGGCAAAUCGACUUGUUUCCCGUCCAAAUACAAGUCGAUUUUUUGCUCCAAGUUUUUACAAUCUGACGUAACCACUUGUUGCGUCCCGAAACAUAAAUAAAGUAUCUACAAUUCAGUGUCU